AUGGAAAGAGAGCCAGCGGUAACAUCGAAGACUAAUCGACUUUCAUCUAACGAAAAAGAUCCUCACGAUGUCCCAGAAACCAAUGAUGGAGCCAUUAAUGGUUCUUUCAACAACCGGAAGCGUGGUAUAAAACGCCUAUGCUCAAUUGCCCAGGCGAUAUUCGCUUGGACAUUUGGCGUACUCGUUCUUCUUUUUAUUUCUUUCAUUGCCUUUGGCGUGCUUUACUCUGGCAUUCGCUACCCCGAAGGCAGCGGCAAAGUGGAAAAACAUUGCCUCAAUCCAGUCGGUGCUAUUCUUGGCGCACAUGAGGGCGUCUUCUCUUACAGCAACUGUGGUGCAACAGAGAAUACCACUACGUAUAACAACGUCACAGUGGCUGGAACCAGUUACCAAAGCGGCUUAAAGUGGCAAUGCGUGGAAUAUGCCCGACGGUAUUGGAUGCUUCGAGGUACACCACAACCAGCCACUUUUGGUUCUGUAGAUGGAGCAGCUGACAUUUGGGAUCUUAAAGAUGUUCAACUGCUCAAUGGUCAAAAGCGGAAACCAUUACUCAAAUAUCAUAACGGAAAUGCAACAUCUGCAAACUCUAAGCCGCGUGUGGGGGAUUUGUUGAUUUACCCACGGCAACCCAACGGCUUUCCAUGCGGUCAUGUUGCCGUUGUUGCGGGUGUGACAGGGGAUCGUAUGUUUGUAGCGGAACAGAACUGGGAAAACGCAGCAUGGCCAGGCCCGUAUCAUAAUUACUCGCGUGUGCUUAACUUGUCAUGUAAUCCCAAUGGCACGGCAUGUACCGUACGUGAAAAGGAUAAUGUCACAGUGCAGGGGUGGGUGCGGUAUGAAUAA